AUGAACGUGAUCAUAGAGCAUGUGCAGCUACAGUUCUUCAAAGAGAUAGAGAACAAUAUAUCUUCUCUUCAGGUCAAGCAAAACAUCAUGUCGUUCGCACUGAAGAGCGGACAUUUGUUCCUUAUAGAUCUUGCAACACCAUCUACUGUUGCUCGAUUUCAACUUCCUUUAUUGGCGAGUAACCAUGAGAAAAUAUUGAAUAUUUGGAUGAAUCCAAAUGGAUCUAUUCUACUUGCCAAAACAAAUUUUGCGAAGUACUUCACUUGUCCAGUACCAUCAAUUUUGGAAGGACAUGGAAAGUGCACACCCUUAAAACAGUUAUCUAAAAAGAAUUGUGAUAUCAUUUCCAUUGACUGGUAUCAGGAAUCCCAGUUUAUAUGUGGUACUGCAGAAGGGAUUCUUUAUUUGGUAGAUCUUUCUGCGGAUGGUUCGGUUAUCAAGCUGCAUUCAUCACCAAAUCCAAUUGAUGGCGUGGCAUUUUCCCCACAAACGGGAGCAUUUCUGGUAUCAAGUAAUACAAUUAUGUUUUGGAAGGAUGUUAAGGAUCCAUCGACAACUUUUACAAAAACUAUACCUAAUGAAACUGAGCAAUUCGAACACAUAGAUAAAAUUGGGAAGAAAUUCACAUAUAAUGAGCAAACGUUUGCAUGGAUUAUAAAGUCAGGCAUAGUAUUUGGCAACACUGAUAUUGCAGGUAAAGUACUAACCUCAGCGACUAUAUUGCUGACUGUUGAAUUGCCACAGUCCAAACAUCGGAUAAAAGAUUUUGUGCUGACUAAAUACCAUUUAAUACUACUUCGCGGCAGUGAAGUUAUAGUCGUGAAUCAGCUAAAUAACAAAAUCGUCUUUCAAGAGACAAUAUGGGUCCAAGAAGAGGAAAAACUGACCGGUUUAGCAGUAGAUUAUUCCCAAACCCCGCCAACUAUAUGGUGUUUUUCAUCGGCUAACAUAUAUGAAAUAAUUCUUCAAGAUGAGAACAGUGGCAUGUGGAAGCUGUUGUGUGACCAAAAGAAAUUUGACGAAGCACUGGGCUUGAAGGGCUUGCAUCAUCUCGAGAGAGACCAAAUCUAUGAGGAGAAAGGUAAUUAUCUUUUUUCUGAAAAUAGGUUGGCGGAAGCGGCGGAAUGUUUCGGUGUGAGUACAUGUACUUCCACUUCUAUAAGUGCCUUGAAGUUUCUUGACAAUAAAGACCUUGAUUCAUUACAAAUGUUUUUGACGACAAAAUUGCACUGUCUAAAAGGAACUUCUGAAAAUCAGUCACAAUCAAUACUUCUUUCAAGCUGGAUUGUUUGGAAUUAUAUGCAGCAAUUGAAUGAGAUUGAUGAAUGUAUCAAUUCUGAACAAAAGCCUCAAAAUCUUGAAAAUUGGCACAAAAGAAAAUCACUCGUCAAUAAAUCAUUAGAAGAUUUUCUAUCAUCAAACGUGGACUGUCUCGAUAAAGAAACCAUUUAUCAAAUAAUGUCAAAUCAGCAUCGCAAAAAUGAAAUAAUGUUUUUUGCCAACGUUAUCCAAGAUCAUAGGUUCAUUUUAUCAUAUUGGAUACGUUCGAAUAAUUGGUAUGAGUCUUUGAAAGUUCUUGUAACGUUACAAGAUCCAGAAUGCACAUACAAGUAUGCGACUAUUUUAUUAGUAAAUUCGCCUGAUUCAACUGUCAGUACUUGGAUGCAGAUAAGAGAAUUGAAUCCAUCAGAAUUAAUUCAUCCCAUCCUGACCUAUUUCACAAAUUUUCAAAAGCAACGCCAAUUGGCAAGUUCAAUGCAGUCCUUACAAAAUUAUGGAUUAAACUAUCUAAAAUGGUGUAUUGAGGAGCAUGACUCUUGUGAUUCGAUCAUUUACAGUACUGCGAUAUAUAUGAUGAUUGCAGGUUUUGAUGGUGAGGAAAAGGAACUCGAGACGAUCAACUUUAUGGAAGAUCACCAAGGCUCUUUCGAUUUAGACUUUGUUUUACGUUUGAGUUUGAAGUUUGACAAAUUUCAAAUCUCCAUUUACCUGUACUCAAAGUUAAAACUCUAUGAAGAUGCUGUAACGUUAGCAUUAGAUAAGAACCUUGUGGACUCUGCUAAACUGGUGGCCAGCGCUUCAGAAUUGGACGUUAAUGAGACGUUAAGACACAAAUUAUGGUUGCAGAUAGCAAAGAAAAUGCUUUCCUCGGGAAAUGACGUCAAGCAGACCAUUAAAAGUAUUAUUCUGGAUUCAAAUGAGAUUUUGACCAUGCGUGAUCUGCUUCCCUUGUUUGAUGAAUUUACUACCGUUGCAAAUCUCAAGGAAGAGCUUGUGAAAAGCCUAGAGAGACAUAAUCAAGAAAUGCUGCAAAUUUCUCAGGAAAUCAAGAACUCAAUAAAGAUCAAGAAAGAAAUUGUUGAGGACAUUGAGUCACUCAAACAACGCUAUCAAGUAUUGGAGCCUGGUGCUUCUUGUGAUUGUUGUGGGCAAGUCUUGCAAACGCGUAAAUUUUUUGUUUUCCCUUGUGGCCACAAUUUCCACACAGACUGCUUGAUAAAAGAAAUCCUGGACUCUACAGAUUUCACCCUUAAGAGCAAGAUUGAAACAUUUCAGAAGGGCCUCUCGAAUAAAAAGGCACCUGUCGAUGCAAAGGAACUUGAUAAAUUAUUAUCCAGCAAAUGCUGUUUAUGCAGUGACAUAAAAAUCAACACAAUCGACGAACCGUUGAUUGAAAAUGAGGCGGAAGCAGCAGCAUGGGCAAUCUGA